AUUAAUUCGUCUUGAUACAGCUGAGUGUUAACAAAAAAAUUAAAAAUUUCGGGAAUAAUGUAUUUGACGUAUAAGUUUCUUGGUUUUGUAUGGUUAUUCUUCCUGCUGAUCAGAGGAAAUGAGGAUUCUAGGAAACCUAUAGAGAAUAGCGAAAGUAAAGAGGUUGGCGCAAACAAUUCGUUAUUAACAGCUAGUGUUUAUGCAAAGUUGUUUGCUGAACGCCGAAGAGAGCAUCAAUUAAUGAUUAGGAGCAUGUUGGCAUCGGAAAACUACGAAAAGAACUUCAAACUAUUACAAAUAGCCUAUAGGAAAAUAUUUGAAGUAAUAACAGAGAAGAAUGCAACACUGACUUCCAAUGGUUAUAACGCGUCACGCGAGGGAUUUCCCCAGAGUAGUGAACUACAAGAUGCCGUCACAUUCACUUUGGAAAAUUGCUGCAUUGCCGCUGAAAGUUUGCUACAUUUUCCAGAAAUAAGUCGCCGGAUAUUUGGCAAGAAUAUAUCACUUUGGAAAUCAACGCUGACUUGGUGCAACGAAUUUGUGAACUCUCUGACGCAUCUGGUUGAUGAAACGACAAUAACAUUGAUGGAUCUUUUGCUUCAAGAAAUAAAUGAAGAUCGACGUACGUCUAACUAUGUGAAUCCCUACUAUGAGGCAUCUGGAAAACAAGCCCCAAAGAAAUUAAAGAAACAAUAUAAAAAACUAAAAAAGGGGCCAUAUUUGGGCGGACGUAGAACCGAGUUAUAAGUUUUUGUUUUCAUUUUUUAUAUUUAUGUAUAAACUCUAAGCUAUGAUUAAAAAAAAAAAAAAAAAACGAA